AUGAGUUUGAGAUUAUUUUAUAAUCUCUGUUCUGCACCAUCAAGGGCCGUGUAUAUUUUCUUAAAAAUUAACAACAUACCUUUUGAGGGAAAAGUCAUGGACCUGAGGAAAGGCGAACAAUAUCUACCAGAAUUUCAGGACAUUAAUCCAAUGAAAGAAGUUCCAGUUAUUCAUGACAACGGAUUCAAUCUCGCCGAGAGUGGGGCAAUAUUGCGUUAUUUAUGCGUCAAAUUUGAUGUGCACGACCAUUGGUAUCCGCACGAGCUGCGAGCUCGAGCCAAAGUCGAUGAGUUCCUGCACUGGAAUCAUGGAAUGGGAAAAGGGAAUAGGACAUAUUUAUACGAUCGAAAGUAUCUGUAUCCAAGGUUAAGAGGAGAGCCGUCCAUGCCGGAGAGUGCAUAUCACGACGAAUUAUUGAGGAAGUACCUCAGUCAUAUUGACAAGAUAUGGCUGCGCGACAAACCAUUUGUUACUGGUCAUCAAAUCACAAUUGCUGAUAUUGUUGCUGCAUGUUACGCGGAACAUCUUGACUAUCUCGGAUACGCCGAAGAAAAUCAGCAACGACUUUCUGCAUGGCUGGACCGUGUCUCUUGUAAAACUGAUCCUCACUAUCAGCAAGCGCAUGCACUCGUUGAUAAGUUCAGAUCUCAACUUACUAAACUGAAGAAAAACAUGUCUAAUCAUUCUCAUCCGGGUACUCAAUCAUUAUGCAAUUGA